AUGCUUGAUAUAACUUUUUUUGAAGGACAUGUAACGGUUGUUGGGAAGAGUACAAAAAAGUGCCUUUCUUAUGGUGUGGCGUGCAAGUCUUGUAGAAAAUGCCAGUAUCGAAAGAGAGGAAGAGGUUUAUGUAAAUCUCACAGCUGUAGAAAAAACUGGAGCGGUUCAGCUAAAGGCAUGGAACCUUUCCUAACCGUGAAGUGCAUCAAGUCUUUGAAAGAAAAAGGCCUGGAUGUACGAAAACUUAUCAUGGAUGACGACAGCACUACAUUUUUGAGAACUAAAAAGGCAGUACCAAACAUUACAAAAAGUAGCGAUAAAAACCACGUAGUCCGGAAUUUGUCCAACGCAUUAUAUAAGGUCAAAGAAACCCAUGGAGGUCUUUCUGUGAAAACCAUAAAAUACUUCAAGAAAUGUUUUGCGUAUACAAUUCAACAAAACAAAAAUGACGUAGAGGGGAUCCGAAAAAACCUUUAUGCAACAGUUCCGCAUGCAUUCGGAGAUCACAGUCAAUGUAACUCCAGUUGGUGUGGAUUCCUUAAAGAUCCAAGCACUUACAGACAUAAAUCACUGCCCUCGGGAAAAGAUCUUGUUGGAGAAAAACUAAGAGAAGCCCUGCAGGAUGUUUUUCAGAAGCAUGCUGAAAAAGCUGAAAAGUACAUAGAUCUUGGAUCAUCAAACGCAAAAAAAAAUUUAAAUCAGAUGAUAGCAAAGAAGACCCCUAAAGCUCAACUUUACUCAGGAUCAGAGAGCCUUUCUUACAGAGUUGCCGCUGCUGUUGCCCAAAAAAACGAAGGUCACAAGUACAUUUUGCAGGUUAAUUCAGCAUGCAACCUGUCUCCUGGGAAACAAACUGAAAAAAGACAAAACCUUCUGGAUAAAAAAAAAGGUCCACAAAGCACCAUUUCCAAGGUACCUACAAAGCCAAGGUAGAACGUCUUAAACUUCGGGAACAGAGGCAAACAUCGGAGACAACAA